UGACAGUUUGGUCCAAAAUCUAAUUUUUUGUUUAAUUUACUAAAGAUCCGAUGAUAGAAAAGGACACAGCAUAUCAUUCACCAUUCAAUACCCAGUGACAAGAAAACACAUCAAAAAGAAGUGCGCCUCUUCACACUAGGGGCUAAGCAGUCAUGCUUUUUUUCUAAUUUGUAACCCAUCUUUGUAAGUACAGUAUAUAACAAGCUAAAAAUAUUACUGAAAUCUAGUGGCUGUAUCAAGGUUAUUAUAGUUUUGCAUUUUUCAUUAGUUUUUAUUUUUAUUUAGUUUUGACUUUAUGUUUUCAAAUUCAGUUUAGUUUUAAUUCAUUUUUAAAGGGGGUUUGCUAGUUUAGUUUAGUUUCUAUUUUUUGAAAAUGCUUAGUUUUAGUUUAGUUUUUAUUAGUUUUAGUGUUAGUUUUAGUCUUUUGUCAAAAAAAGUAUUGUGUAAUAAAAACUCAACAAAAACAUCAUACAAUUUUAGAAAUAUGUAUUCAACAAUAACACCAGUACAUAAAAUGUACAUAUGGGCACAAAUAAGCUGACACACCCAUGAACGAUGCUGUUAAUCCUCUCUUGCUCCAACCAUCUACACAUCGGCUCAGCUUCCUCGCAUCCUUAUACAUCUCUUUUAAUUUCUGCUUUGCCGUAUCCAUCUUAGCCCCAAUAAGGUUGUUGACUCUUGCAGCUCCAGGUGUUUUGAACUUUGGUUCGAGUAAAGUGGCGAACUUUUUGAAGGCAACUCACACAGUUGUGUAGACAUCCCAGUAUCAAUAAACACAUUAACCAGCGCUUCCUCCUGCUUGUGCUGUUCCUGCGUAUUUACUAACCAGCAGCUAUCAGUUCGCCAGUGAAAGCACUGCUGUAGUGUUCUCUGUCCUACGGUUGUCUCCGUCAUGCUGCCUAGCUCUGUACCGGGGUUAGCUUCUGUUUCGGGGGAAGGGGGCGUGGCAUUCUCCUUUACCUUAUUAAGGUAAGCUAGGCUAGCUUCCUUGUGCGCGCUUCUCAAAUGUACUUUCAAAUUCGUGGGAUUUUUCCCUUUAAUAAAUUGUCCACAUAUUUCACCACCUUCCACUGCAAGGCACUUGCUUUUAUCUGACACACAGUCAUUUAUUCAUUUACAUUUAUUAAUUUAGCAGACGCUUUUAUCCAAAGCGACUUACAAAUGGAGAAAAAAAAAAUACAAGCGAAGCAAUAUAUCAAGCAGAGAACAAUAUAAGUAGUGCCACCAUACAAGAUCCAUUAAAUGAGUUCUAGAAGAAGCAAAGUGCACAGAGUAGAGGUGUAAGUGCAAAAAAUUUUUUUUGAAUUUUUAUUUUAUUUUUUUUUUUUAUGAGUUGGUUAGGUGUUCACGGAAGAGGUGGGUCUUUAGCUGUUUUUUGAAGAUGGUGAGAGAUUCUGCUGUCCGGAUUGAGGUUGGGAGUUCAUUCCACCACUGAGGAACAGUUAGUGUGAAAGUUCUGGAAAGGGACCUUGCGCCACACUGAGUGGGAACUACUAAACGUCGGUCGCUAAACGAUCGCAGAUUGCGUGAGGGAACGUAAGCCUUCAGGAGAGAGUUGAGGUAGGAGGGUGCUGUUCCAGACAAGGUCUUGUAGGUGAGCAUCAAGUCCUUGAAUUUGAUGCGGGCGGCUACAGGAAGCCAGUGGAAGGAGAUGAAGAGGGGUGUGACAUGGGUUCUCUUGGGCUAUUUGAAGACGAGGUGUGCUGCUGCAUUCUGAAUCAUCUGAAGGGGUUUGAUGGAGCUGGCUGGGAGGCCCGAAAGUAGUGAGUUGCAGUAGUCCAGUUUUGAGAUAACAAGAGCCUGGACUAGUAUCUGUGUAGCCUGUUCGGUGAGGUAGGGUCUGAUUUUCUUGAUGUUGUACAGGGUGAAUCUACAGGACCGUGCAGUUGUUGAGAUGUGGUCUGUAAAGGUCAGGCUGUCAACAAGAAUCACCCCAAGGUUCCUGGCCAUCCUGGUUGGCUUGAGUGUGGUUGAGCCGAGCUGUACAGUGAGGUUGUGGUUGAUUGAGGGACAGGCUGGGAUGAUAAGAAGUUCAGAUUUUGCCAGGUUGAGCUUAAGAUGGUGUUCCCUCAUCCAAACCGAGAUGUCCGACAGGCAAGCAGAGAUGCGUGCAGAGACGGAUGGAUCGUCAGGCUGGAAGGACAAAUAGAGCUGGGUGUCAUCAGCAUAGCAAUGAUAUGAGAAGCCAUGAGACUCAAUCACCUGCCCUAGAGAUGUAGUGUAGAUAGAAAAGAGGAGUGGACCCAGAACUGACCCCUGUGGAACACCAGUUGUGAAUAUUCAAAAUCAUUUUUCAAUUGUCAUAAGACAAAGCAUUUCCCAAAGGGACCGGGUGAGAUGCCUCAGGACACUCGUUCAGCUCGAGGCAGGCUCUCCAUAUCUGGCGGCAGAAUGGUGCAUGCCUCGUCUCUCACUCGAGAGCCUCAGAUUUCCAGCAGCAAAGACAAGAACAAAGCUCAGUUCCGCAGCAUCGCGGACAAGACUGAGUAUGUCAAGCAGCUCAAGGUCCUGCUGGCUUCAAAGGACUUCCAAGAACGCAUCAAGGGCAUCGAUCAGCUGGUGGCUGACUGUAAGGAAAACCCAUAUAUGGUCAUGGGCAACAUCUUCCCGGUGUUUGAUGCUUUUAAAGAACGGCUGCAGGAGUCAAACAGCAAAGUGAACCUCUAUGCGUUGGAAGCCUUACAGAAGAUAAUCACCUUACUUAAAGACAACUUGGCCCAAGCGGUCUAUAUCCUCGUCCCAGCUGUAGUGGACAACCACCUCAACUUGAAGAAUAAUGGCAUCUACACGGCUGCGACAGGCACCAUACACACUCUGAUCAAUAACCUCGGUGGGUUCCUUUCUCUCCUGCACUUCGAGGUCUAUGCAAAAUGAAAUGCAGUACACAAGGAACGAAACCUGACACAGAGACACGUCAUAUUUUAAACAGUUUAUAGUUACGUUUAAUGUUGACGAACUUCAUCUGCCAGACAAGUUCAUGUUAUCACAGCAUCAACAGUCGUUCCCUCACCAGCCUCUUUAAAAAAAUGUUUUUAUUCUUUUGCUUUUUCUUGAAAUUAAUCAAACAAACAAACAAACAAACAAAAAAGCAGCUGUCAUGUUAUAUAGAAACCAGAAACUCCAGGUGGUCUUGAAGACCAUGGCAUAAAAGUUAUAGGUUUUUUUUUAUAAAGCGCUGACACUCGAUGCUUGGUCUAUUACAUUUUAAAUAAAUGUCUCCUUAUGGGAAAUUUCACUAUAUCAGUGAUUAUACAUUAUGAAAUAAAAAGAUGUUGUUCUUUGUUUGUUUUUUUUUGUUUUAUUUAUUGUUUUAUACAUUUAUCCUGCAUACCAGUCCGUGGGAAUGAGCUGCUACUAUAUAUUUAGGGAUGCACUAGCGAGAUAGAAGAGCUUUUUAUACUUCUGCCAGUUUUGUAAUUUGAAAAGCUGAAAGGCGUGAUUCGUGUGUAUGAUGUGCGAUUCAUUUAGGUCUAAUGAUCAUUCUGUUUAGAAUUCAAAUCAAGUUUCUGAGAAACAAAUUCGUAUGUCAUCUCUCUCUUUGUUUUCGUUUAUCUUUCAGACAACGCUCUACUUCUUCAGCCGUUUUGCACAAAGGCGCAGUUUCUCAGUGGGAAGGCUAAACUGGACCUUGUCGAUAGAGUUGCAGGUAUGUCCAGGAUGCUCAGAGUGCCUGGAGAAGAGUUUCUGUAUGUUCCACAGGUCUAUGUCAACUGUAACGUGUGGCAAGAAACAUAACGGUCAUGUUCUGUCAGAAAUCAGCGGUUAUUUUUAAUAUUUUUUUGCUCUUUGUGAGUUUUACAAAAUGUUGACACAUCCUGAGGCAACGAUGCAGAAUGUAAUAUUUGUGUCAUGUGACUUGUAUAGCUAUGAAGUGUGAUGGCACAGUAUUAGCUUCAUGUAUGCUAUAUUAUAUUGCAGUAUGUAAUGUGUUAUGUGUGUGU